AUGCGAGCUUGGAUUCGCCAGCAUCGUGGCCACUACAAGUCGUCACUUAAGCUUGUCGAUUCGCUUCCCACGCCGCCGGUUCCUGGCCCGGACUCAAGCGACAUCAUCGUCCACGUUUCCUACGUCGCGCUUGAAUUCUCCAUCGCUUACUUCAUGGACUUUUUUCCAUCUCUGCAAAUUCUACCGCCUCUUAUCCCCGAGCUCUGCGUCUCUGGCACGGUCGCCAGCGCCGGCGGAAAGGCCCCUGAGGGACUGCGGCAGCCGGGCACCCAGGUGUUGGCCAUGACGGACCCGAUGAGCAUGGUGUUCUGUGGUGCAGGUGCGCUGAAGGAAUAUAUGCGCUUGCCGGAGGCCUAUGUGGUGCCGCUUCCGAAGCUCAACACCCAUGUUGACGAGCACAGUGCUGAUGGACAUCCGACACUCAGCUUGGCCCAGGGUGCUGGGCUCAUUUCUAACGGAUCAACAGCCCAGGCUACAGUUAGAGCAGCCAAGGUCUGCUCGGGCCAACGCGUGCUCAUUAAUGGGGCAAACUGUGUGGGAUCGCACGCCCUCUACACAAACUCGCCAACCUAUCUACGUCCAGAUGGCCCUUUUGUUAGCGUCGGCGCUUUCGGAUUGGGAGAUAGUAUAUUGACACAAGUGGCUCAAUGGUUCAUGAACACCUGGCGUCCAACUUGGCUCGGGGGUAUUCCUCGACCGUACAUCUUCUUCAGCAAUACUCCCAAAAUACAUGAAGUUCUAAGUCUCGUGGAGAUGGCAAACCAGGGAAGGCUAAAGGUCAUUCUAGAUUCCGAGUUUGAUGUGGAGGAUCUUAUACCUGCGUAUGAACGUGUCAUGAGCAAGAGGGCCCGUGGUAAAGUCCUCAUCCGCAUGCAUUCUGGAGAAUAG